GUGCUUGGCGCCUGAGAGCGCUGCGGGGCGGAGAUGGAAGGCCUGGGCUGCUCUGGGAGUAGUAGUUCCGCGGCACACUUGUUCCCGUUGCCUCGGCGGUCGCUCCACGCCACGAAGCCGAGACACAGCGGCUCCUCCACAGGGACACUAACGCCCCGCCGGGGCCGGCCGCGCAAACGGGGGCGGGCCUCUGCGCGGUGCGGCCAAUGGGGACUGGGCCUGAAGGCCGGGGCGGGGCGGCCGCGGCGCGACGCCCGGAGUGGCGGUUGUUUCAAGAUGGCGGACGUGGCGAGCCCCUCCCGCCGGGGUGCGGCGGCGUUCUGGAGCCGGGACUUUUCUGAUGAAGAACAAUCAGUAGUAUAUGUUCCAGGAAUUUCUACAGAAGGAAAUACCAAAUCAAGACACAAGUUAAGUCCAAAAGCUGAUGCUAAACUUAAGACUUCCAGGGUUACUGCCUCUUCAAUCUCCAUGGAGUCUUUAAAAGGUGCAGGAGAUUCAGUAAAUGAACAGAAUUUCCCCAGGGGAGGAAUAAAGAGUGCGUCGUUGAAGGAUUUAUGUCUCGAAGACAAAAGACGCAUUGCAAAUUUAAUUAAAGAACUGGCCAGAGUAAGCGAGGAAAAGGAAGUGACCGAAGAACGAUUCCGAGCUGAGCAGGAAUCAUUUGAGAAGAAGAUCAGGCAGUUGGAAGAACAGAAUGAUCUGAUCAUCAAAGAAAGGGAAGCUCUUCAGCUACAGUAUAGAGAAUGCCAAGAACUUCUAAGUCUCUAUCAGAAAUAUCUAUCAGAACAGCAAGAGAAGCUCACCAUGUCUCUCUCAGAACUUGGUGCUGCUAGAAUGCAGGAACAACAGGUAUCCAGUAGGAAAAGCACUCUUCAGUCUUCAGCUAUGGAACUAGAUGGUUCCUACUUGAGUGUAGCCAAAUCACAAUCCUGCUAUCAAACCAAGCAGGGGCCUAAGUCUGCAAACCAGGACUCAGCUUCAGAAGCCCUUCUGCAGUUUAGGAAUAAUUCUUUGAAACCAGCAGACUUCCGUUAUCCCAAAACGGACCUAGACAGGGUGUCAUCAAAGACCAGAACAUGUGACUAUGGAUCUCCAGGGAGAGAACUGGCAGAUGCAGUCCCUACAGAGAAGGUUCCACCAGCAGAAUUGAAGAUGAAAGAAUGCCAACCCCUGAAGCCUACUCCUCCCAGUCAGUGUUGUGGUCAUAGACUUUCUGAAAAUGUAGAUCCUAUUCAUGAAAGCCAUCCUACACACAUGGCCCCUCAAUAUUCCAGAACACAUCUGGAAUCAUGCAGUUAUUGUGGGCUCUCCUGGACAUCCCUGAUGCAUGGUCAAGGGACCCAGCAGUCUGGUGAAACUGAUGUCAAAAAGCAACUCUCAGAAAAUAGAAGACAGCAACUUAUGCUUCAGAAAAUGGAGCUGGAAAUUGAAAAAGAGCGCCUUCAGCAUCUGCUGACCCAGCAGGAGACAAAGCUUCUCCUAAAACAGCAGCAGCUUCAUCAGUCUCGACUGGAUUACAAUUGGUUAAGAACUCAAGCUGUAUUUAAGUCAAGAGAACUCCUUGCUGCUAAAGAGUUUACCAAACCCCGAGAAUUCAAUCUGGAUAUGAAUGGGGAUGACUCUGGACCAAGUUUAUUGAAGUCAAAAUGUGAUGGCUGGCUGCUGGGAGGAUCAUCAUCCAUCAAAAAGUACCAAGAGUCCACGAACAGCAAUGAGACUAGAAGGGAGAAGACAGUUGGGUUUCCAUCACAUACAGAAGAUGAUACCCUAUGGACAUGUCAAAAGAAAGAUACAUAUCGACCCCAAAGAGGAGCAGUGGCAGGCGUUAGAAAAGAUGCAUCCACAUCUCCUAUGACAACAGGAAGCCAAAAGGAACUUGUAAUCACAAACCCAUCAGUAUUGCAGCAUGACACUUCCAGGUAUGAGACAUCUCUGCUGGAUUUGGUUCAAUCCCUGAGUCCAAAGUCUGCUCCCAAACCUCAGCCCCAUCCCUCCAAAGAAGCUGGGGCCUGGAAUCACAGUGCUCGUCGACUCAGUCCUCGAAAAUCAAUCUGGAACAAGAUGGGGACAGGCAGGACCCCCGAAGACCUAGAGGAGAAUCAAAUCCUGGAAGAUAUCUUUUUCAUUUGACGUUGAAACACACGCUACAAAUUUCCAUCCGAAAUGUGUGGGCUUCUCAAUAUCCUGAUCUAGGAUUUUAAAUUAUUUGAUUGCAAAGUAACCGUGUCUCUUCUUUCACAGGGGUCUCUCUCACUAACAUCCUGUUACAUGUUGAACAUAGUAAUCAUGCUACAAACCCAGAGUGGUUUUGAUCAGACCCAUCAGCAGGUAACACAUUAAGGGGGGAUAGGGGUGGAGGGCAGUAUCUUUUCUAUGCCAAGCAGAGAUUAGAAAAUUAACAUAGGACAUUUUCUACAUGCAAAGGCCUUUGGAUAUUCAGCCUCAUUUCCAGAGUGUUUCCUUCUUCAUACUUUGUUAGAAGAGGCUGGCUUUCUUUUAUACACAAGGAAGACCUUUUCACGGAAAGAUUCCCUCUGAUUUAAAAGUAGCCCUUUUGUAACAUAAGCAGUUUCAGAAAGACAGACUCUUUACCUCUCCACCUCUCCUUUACCUCUAUUCCCUCAUUGCCUACUUCUAUGCACGUGUAGUCAUUUAAUUCCGAAGUUGGAGUUGGUGCCCUACCAUCACAAGCAACAACGAGGACCAGUUGUGAGUCAGUUCCAGUGGUCAUCAGCCCUUAACCAAAGGGCACAAUGGGCUGGAGGGAGGGAUCCAACCAACCCUUGGAAAUCAGCAUUAAGUCAUGUAACAGAGUGACUGCCCUCAGGAAAUAAAAUGGAGGCACAGGACUGACAUGUUUUCCCUGCCACCCACCCAUUUCCCAGGAUAAAUAAGAGCAAGAGCUCAGUACUUUUUAUUGACCUAAGUGUCUAUAUUUGUGAGCUGCCCAUGGCUGUGUCUGGGGGAGAAGCCACUAGAGAGGAGUAUCAGCUGCCACAGGCUGAGAGGCUUUCCCUGGUCCUCCCUCUUACUUCAUGAGGACCAAAGGCCCUAGAUUGGUCAGGCCUUUUGGAUGCUCUGCUCAGAGUCACUGUCCCGUGAUCCCAAAGAACCGUCUCUCCCUGCCAGAUUCUCCUCCGCCACCCCCAAGCAGAAUCCUCCUGGUCUUUCCAAUCUUUCCCACUGGGUCCUCCAUUUGACCCAGAAAAGGCCUGGGGAAGAAGUACACUUGAGACCUCAUUCUCUCUCUGUUCUCCUAUUUGGCAGAGCUCUUUAGAUGGGUCCUUCAGCUUACAGUGGGCUCUAGUGCACUCUCAUGCCGAUGGGCAGCAUGAUGAGCCUGGUAGAGCCAGUGAGUUAACAACCUCCCAGUCAUUGGAAGCAAGGGAGGUGUGUCCCCAGAUGUGUCUACUUGAUGACUUUAUUUGAUCUGGAGGGUGUCGCUUUCUGUUUCUCUCUCCCUUUCACCGAAUGCCAGGCUUGAAGUGGGAUCAAGAGUCUUUCUCAGUCAGCAUUGGUAGCCAAGGUCAGACCACCCAGGGUGAACUGCAUUUAGUGAGCCUGCAUGGCUUCCCUGAAUUCUUUAUCAAAACUAGAUAUCAACCUACAAAAGCCUUGUUAAAGAGAUUCCUUAUCUGGGUAGAUCAAAAUCUCAUUGUCUCUUCAGGCUGAGGCCCUAACACCUCUACUCAGCCUUCCUUCACUUGGGUCUUUUUGCUCUUGGGGGAAGAUAAGAAUGGGUUCUACCAACACCAGUCCUUAAUCUGAGGUCAGGAUUGACUGACUAGUUGUAGGCAUCCAGUUGAAAAGUUGAAAAAGCACUGCAGAUUAAAGUAUCCUUUUAAAGUUCACCCCAUGACAGAAACUGAGUCAAUUUCAUCCCAUUUCAGAAAGCAUUUGGAAAAUUGACUUUCCUUUGGUGUGGCAAAAUGGGAAGAAACAAACUGAGAGCCCUCAGCCAUUUUCUCAGUUAAAUUUAGGUUUCCAGAACUAUCUUCUCCUUGCCUCAGGUGUCAGGAGCACCUUAAGUACAUCCAGCUCCCUUGGAUCAGCCAUAACUACACUCCGCCACUUGGACACCAGUGACGUUACAGGUCUCUAGAAUAAGGGCAUGCCAGGAGGAUCAACAAAAGGAUGAUGCUGUCUUUAAGAAGCUCGUUUGCCUUCAGAAGAAUCAUAAAUGAGACAAACUAAGGGCUUUUGGCAGGGGGCAGGGGUGGUCACGUGCCACAGAUUGGAGUUUAAGUGCUUCUUUACCUCCCCCUGCAUGAGCAGUUUGGAAGAGCAAAGAUGGGUUUUCAGCAGAGCGUCAAUCACGUCAAUCAAUAUAUUUUUUAUGCUACAUCCCCCCCCACUGGUUGCCUUUCUCUAUCCUGUAGGCCCUUCCUGUGUGUCAGGGCAACAGGAUGUGAAUUUGUGUCUAAUCCAGUGUCUUCCUUAUGAACUGAACAGUUUUUUAUUUUAUACGGUUUAUUUUAACAUCUUCAUCUGUCUGACUUUGAGACACACAUAUAUAUGAAAAGGUUGUUGUAGAGCCUUGAGGCUGUUGUGGAGCCUGGAAGCUUGACCUAAUUGCAGAUAUCCUACAGAGAGAGGGUCUGACACAGAGGAGUCUGCCUUUCUUCCUGGUAGAGUGCUCACAACAGUGACUGGUUGCCUCCAGCUGCUUCCUCAGAGCAAGACUAGACACAUAUUAGGGGUGCUGCAGAUAAUGCCCCAACAUUGCCCACUCUGCUGGUUGGGCAGAUUGGAAAACCAAUCCAUGUUUGCAAAAUGGCACAGGACAAAGUAUGUCCACUGAAGCUCCUACAGGGGCCCAAAGUGCUUGAUUUAGGAAACGAAGGUCAGUCAAGGAAAAGCUUUUUCUGGCAGUCAUCCUUCACAUAGGCACACUUGUGUUCAUCCAAACCUGAUCCCCCGUGGUGAGGACUUAUCUAGAAAACCCCAAAUGUCAUGGGGAAGGGAGGGGCUCUCUCCUCCCUCAGAGCCACUCUUUCCACUUGGCCCUGCUUCCAGCACCAUGGCCAGAGACUCUGGGAAGGGGUAGGCCUAAAGGAGAGGAGCUGGAUGAAGUCUGGGGUCAUUAGUGAGGUGGAUGGAGGCUAUGGCAGACCCUCCCAAUGCAUGCUUUAUCCUCACCUUGGAGAGUAUUGUUUUUACUGUGGGCAACUGUUUAUAUAUGUAUGAGAUUUUAAGUUAAUAAAUUAUCUCCAUGGCUA